GAAACCCUGGCCGCCGAGCCGCGGGUGAGGUGGCGGCACGGGUGAGGGGGUGCGAGCACCGGAGCCGAGCGAGCUGGGCGGUGGACCGCAGCACGACGAUUACGGCGGGUCUCGGGUGCGCUAGCCGCGGAGCGUGGGGUCCGACCGAGAAGGGGCUGGAGCCCGGCUUGGGAAAGAAGAAAUGAUGUAAGUAAUUCACUAUCCAAACUUUAAGAUCAGAGGUGAGAAGGAAGGUCAGGAAGACUAUGGCCUGGCCAAAUAUUUUUCAGAGAGGAACUCUGUUCUCCCGGUUCAGCCAUCAUCAUGUUGUUGUGUUCCUGCUCACCUUCUUCAGUUAUUCGUUGCUCCAUGCAUCAAGAAAAACUUUCAGCAAUGUCAAAGUCAGUAUCUCUAAGCAGUGGACCCCAAGUGCUUUUAACAAGUCUAUUAGACUGCCUGUAGAGAUCUGGAACAGCAACCAUUUGUUUCCCAGUGCAGAGGAGGCCACUCUUUUCCUCGGGACCCUGGAUACUAUUUUCCUCUUCUCUUACGCUGUGGGCCUUUUCAUCAGUGGAAUUGUUGGUGAUCGGCUUAAUUUACGAUGGGUUCUGUCUUUUGGCAUGUGCUCUUCUGCGCUAGUGGUCUUCGUCUUUGGCACAGUCACAGAAUGGCUGCAUUUCUACAACAAGGGGCUCUACUGCUGCCUGUGGAUCAUAAAUGGCCUGCUGCAGUCCACUGGUUGGCCCUGUGUGGUUGCUGUUAUGGGCAAUUGGUUUGGGAAAGCUGGGCGAGGAGUUGUUUUUGGUCUCUGGAGUGCCUGUGCUUCAGUGGGCAAUAUUUUGGGAGCGUGCCUAGCUUCUUCUGUUCUGCAGUACGGUUAUGAGUAUGCCUUUCUGGUGACAGCGGCUGUGCAGUUUGCCGGUGGGAUCGUCAUCUUCUUUGGACUCCUGGUGUCACCAGAAGAAAUCGGUCUCCCAGGUAUCGAGGCAGAAGAAAAUUUUGAAGAAGACUCACACAGGCCAUUAAUUAAUGGUGCUGAAAACGAAGACGAAUAUGAGCCCAAUUAUUCCAUCCAAGAAGGCAGUACUGUUACCCAGGUCAAGGCAGUAAGCUUUUAUCAGGCCUGCUGUCUUCCUGGAGUUAUACCGUACUCACUGGCCUAUGCCUGCUUGAAGUUAGUAAAUUACUCCUUCUUCUUCUGGUUGCCCUUUUAUCUGACUAACAACUUUGGAUGGAAGGAGGCUGAAGCUGACAAGUUGUCCAUUUGGUACGAUGUUGGAGGAAUUAUAGGUGGAACUUUGCAAGGUUUCAUCUCUGACAUAUUACAGAAGAGGGCUCCGGUUUUAGCUCUCAGUCUGCUUCUGGCCAUUGGGUCCCUCGUUGGAUAUAGCCGUUCUCCAAACGAUAAGUCCAUUAAUGCACUUCUGAUGGCGGUGACAGGAUUUUUUAUUGGUGGACCUUCUAACAUGAUUAGCUCUGCUAUUUCUGCGGACCUUGGUCGCCAAGAGCUGAUCCAAGGGAGCAGUGAGGCUUUGGCAACCGUCACAGGAAUUGUUGAUGGAACUGGAAGCAUUGGAGCUGCGGUGGGCCAGUAUUUAGUGUCUUUGAUCCAGGACAACCUGGGAUGGAUGUGGGUGUUCUACUUUUUCAUUCUCAUGACAAGUUGUACAAUUUUAUUUAUCUCGCCAUUAAUAGUGAGGGAAAUCUGCUAUCUUAUGCAAAGACGACAGGCUCAUGUAUUGAGUGAGUGAGUGUUGCCCACAGAAGAGAAGAACAAUGGGAGACACAUCAGACUAUUAUUUUUUUUAACUCACCCUAUUGGGGGUUGUCUUAAGAGCUCCAACAAAACCUCAGAUGGUCAAGCCUCUUUCAGCAGUGUCAGCUGCUUGAGAUGCUGACCGGUGGUGAAGGCUGGGCCGCUUUUCUGCACUGCCUGAGUUAUUGUGGAUGAUUUUCAUUGUUGCUUCAUAAAUGUACUGAAUGGCCUAUGAAUCUGCCAGCCUCUUUAUUUGGCCUGUUGAGGUUUAUCCUUUUAACCUGAAAUACUGUCUUGGACUUGGACCCUAAUUCUCCAGCCUGGAAAGUUGAGUGGCCAUGAGACCGUCGCACAUGGUUUGCAUCAAUGACGGGCUCCGUGAAUAGGAAAGGAUCGUUGGAUUUUGCUUUGAUAAUGAGCUUGCAGAGAGCGGCUCAUCUUUGAAGCAUCAAAUCCUGGUAGAGUGCUCAAGCUGGAUCAAGCAUCAGCCUGCCUUGGACAAAGAAGCCCUUUGUUAACUGUGGUGGGAAAAAUCACACUACAUGGUGACUGGCUCAGUCACUCUCUCUGAUCUAAAGUUACUCAGCUCCAGAAGCAGAAAUACCUUCAAAUUAUUGUCAGCUCCUUCUCUUCUGUCUUCAUUCAAAAUUAACUUCGACUCCUGAAGUACUCAGUCUUCCUUUCAAGGACCAUAAGGUACAUCAUCAGUUGUCAUGAACAUUCCAAGGUGUAGCUCACAGCUGAAGUACUCAACCCCAGAUUUGCUCUCUGGGAACAUUAGGAUCCACUAGGACGCUGAUCUGCUUAGCCCUAUUUUCAGAGAAUUGAUCUUUCUCACGACCGGGUUCCUUGAGUUACCUCAGCAGAAGACUAGAAUUAGAGACAGAGGGAAGACCUUUUGUCCUAGUAAGCAUUAAGUAUGUGACCUUGAAUCACAUUAAUGGGUUACUAGGGCUUGGGAACUAGGUAUCUAUUCUUUAGAAGUUUGUAGCGUGUAUGUCUUCAAGGCUGUGAAUUCUCUACUAAUUAUCAAUAUUUUUAGGUCAUUCUGUAUAUGUAUUUUAAAUUAUGGAAACAAACUAGGGGGAAAAUGUGCAAUUUUGUGGGCUGCCUAAUUUGUGUUGGGUUAGGGAAUAUUUUUCAGCUUCUUGCUUUAUACUCUAAAAUGUGGUGUGUAAAUUUAUGAACUUGUUAAUGUUAUUUAAUCAAGGAGAUUUCCAAUCAGUUAAUUCCUUAUUACUGACAAAAAAGGGAAAAUACGAAACACAGGAAGGGAAAAUAAACUGACUUUUAUAGUAAA